GUCGACGUGUCACAUCAUCAUUAUGUCAUUGCAAUGACUGACAAACAAAUUAUAGAACAUGGAAUUAUGUACAAAGGAAAGUUUAAUUAUUUAUUUCUAACACCUACGUAUUAAUGCACAAAAUUUGUUACUUUCAACUGUUUAGUGUUUUUUUUCCACCAUCGUUGUUAAUUAGAAUGCGAUGCUACCUCGUCGUCGGAACCUUACAAGUGGGAGUGUAACAGAUCGAACUUCUUUGCUAGAAUUCGAUAAUUACGAUAAAUUAGAUAAAAAGGGUUCCUCCAAUUCAAAACCUUAUAAGUCAGUUGAAAACCAUCAUAAUAAUCAAUUAUCUGAUAGAUCGUACGUGGAAGAAGAAUUUGAAUUCGAUUUCCUACAAGAGUUUGUGUUUGAAGCGGUGAUGGCUGCCCGAGACAGAACUAAUGAAUUUAUAACAGCUGUACGAAGUCUUCAGGGCAGGACAUUAGCAAGGCCCGUUGUCAGAGAUGAAAGGAAAGCUGCUGUAUUGGAAACUUAUUCACAAUUUAUGAGUAUGGCGAAAGUAAUUAGUAAAAAUAUCACAAGCACAUACGCUAAGCUGGAAAAAUUAGCUUUGUUGGCAAAGAAAAAAUCUUUAUUUGAUGAUCGACCUACAGAGAUCCAAGAACUCACAUAUAUUAUUAAAGGAGAUUUAAGUUCCUUGAAUCAGCAGAUUGCAAAACUGGGAGAGAUGCCGAGAGGCCGCAAGAGUAUGCACAGUCAUUCAUCUAGUGUCGUUGUUGCCUUGCAGUCCCGUUUGGCGUCAAUGAGCAAUCAAUUCAAACAGGUUCUGGAAGUGCGAUCCGAAAACUUGAAGCAACAAAAUAGUAGAAGAGAACAAUUUUCAAGAGUAACACCAAUAGUAUCAGAGGUUCCAUCUCUAUUGCAGCAAGAUGAUGUGAGCAUAGACUUUGGUGAAUCAUCACUUGUCCAAACACAACAGUUUGCUCUACGUGAUGAUUCAGAUUCAUAUGUGCAGCAGAGAGCGGAGACUAUGCACAACAUAGAAAGCACUAUUGUUGAACUUGGUGGCAUUUUCCAACAGUUAGCACAUAUGGUGAAGGAACAAGAUGAGGCCAUCGGACGGAUAGAUGCAAACAUUCAUGACGCAGAAAUGAAUGUAGAGGCUGGGCAUAGGGAGAUAUUGAAGUAUUUUCAAAAUGUUACUGGCAAUAGAGCACUUAUGUUUAAAGUUUUUGGGGUAUUGAUAUUUUUCUUCAUAUUUUUUGUUGUUGUAAUGGCUUAAGCUUUCAUCUAUAAAAUAGUUCAUGGGUGAUAUGACUGGUCACAGCUGUGGAAUUUACCAAUAAGAAGGCUAGCUAGGGUCCAAUAAGGAGCAUCCACAAAUUCGUCAAAGCAAUAUCUUCAUAAAAGGGUUUAAACUCUCUUACGACAUCUUAUCUUAUUACUGGGUGCCCACUUAUUGUAUGUAUAUUAUAUUAGCAAAUAUUUCAUUAUUAUACAUACUUAAACAUGUAAUUAAUAGAAUGUAAAUGAAUAUAUUACAAAUAUUUUUAAAAUGAUUAAAUGUAUAUACUUUUCCCGUACCCUAUUGUUGCAGCUGUGUAAAACCACUGAAGCCUUUCCCUUUCCCUAUGUACCAACAUUAGGAAGCUCAACAAUAUCUAUAUUUUACACUUAAACCUUGUAACUUAUAUGCAACCAGGCAAAGAUUGGGGAAGUCAGACUGAAGCUAUCUACAUCACGUGGAAUAGUUGCUGCAUGUAAAAACCUGCCUGGUUAAAUGUGUACUCCAGGUCUUAUUUAGAAAAAUGAGGAGUUGCUGCCAAUUUGGAUGCAAGUUAUUAAUUUUCGUAUACAUUGUUUUGAAGUCAGAAAGAAAAAUACCUUAAAAUUAACACACAAAACAGGACCCUGCAAAUUCAACUGGAUGUAUGAUCCUAAAAUGUUCCAGCCAAGACAGCUUCAUGUUAGCCAUUUUCCGACAAAAAGAAUAUAAUAUUGAAUGUUAGGACCACCAGAGCAGUUACUGCAGAUUGUUGAUCACUACCUGGGGAGGGGCCAAAAGAAUCCACCAAUGACCACAAAUCACAAUCUUAGAAUCUUAGAUUGCAAUGCAUAUUAAGGGUAUCUUGCAAUGGUGUUUUUAAAGUCCAAAUAUUAAUAAGAGGCUUCUUUUCAUUCAUAGAAUUUGUGAACAUAAGAGAAGGAAUAAAACAACUGAGUAAAGAAAAUAAUA